AUGGUUCUCCUGUGCUGUGCCGUGGCCGUGCUACUGAGCAUUUCUGCAGCUGAUUUAGCUAGUUUUGACUAUGGAGGAAUCCCUCUGUGGAUCAACCGGUUCCUAGGUGAGCCCAGUGUGCUGAGCCUGCGGGGUCGCAUACACUCAGACUGGAACCGAGCCAAUAACCCUCAACCCUGCCCCACGCAGUGUGACUGCCCCAUCCAGUGGCCCACAGCACUGUUCUGUGACCACAGAGGACUGGAGGGUGUCCCUGACAGCCUGCCUGAAAGAACUCAGUACCUCUUUUUGCAGGGGAACAACAUCUCGUUCUUGUCUUCUUCUGCUCUGGCCAACAUUACAGGUCUGCGCUGGCUCAUCCUAGACCACAACCACCUGCAGAGCAGCAAGAUGGACCAAGCUGUUCUGCAUAAUCAGACCCAGCUGCAUUAUUUCUUUGCCAACUACAACCACCUGAGAGCAGUGCCCAGUGAUCUGCCAGCUGCACUCAGGCAGCUGUGAUUGGCCCAUAACCAGAUCAGCAGCAUCAGUGCCAGGGUGUUCCAGAAUCUGCACAAUCUGACGCUGCUGCAGGGAAACAGACUGCAAACCAUUUCACAGGGAGACCUCAGAGGUCUGUUCAGCCUGAACCUGCUGGACCUUAGUGGUAAUUUGCUCCCAACUGACCCCAGAGGUUUGCCAUCUUCUAUCCAUCACCUCUAUCUGUCCAACAAUGCUCUCUCUGGACUGACUGAGGACACCUUUGUGGGACUGGUCAACCUCAAGUACCUACGCCUAAGUCAUUGUGGUCUGCAGGCCGUCCCUCCACAGGUCUUCAAUCUGUCCAGUUUGGUGGAGCUGGAUCUUUCCCACAACAAUCUUACAGACAUUCCCACAGUUCCCACCACCCUGCAGUACCUUUUCUUGGAGGCCAAUGAAAUACAAGAGUUCAAUGUAACAAGUUUCUGCAGAGAGAUUGCCUCCAGGAUAAAGAUCUUACGACUCGAUGGAAACAAGGUCUCGUACCAGCAGCUGCCCCCUGACUGGGUCUACUACCUGCGAGUACUUCAGAGUAUUUACAUCUGACCUCACCUUCUGAAAUCAAAAGUUACUUCACAUUACAGUUAUCAUAUUCUGCUUGGUGCAAAGAUUAAACACGAGGAAUGG